AAGUUGGAUACACUAAAAUCAAAAUUAGACCAAACGUAAACGACUGAAAAGCACUGCUCCAGUUCUCUCAGUAGGGAAAAGAAAACUAAACAAAAUUCACCAAAGACUAUACGUUUUUCGCUUUAAUUGGUGAUACUUUUGCAGCUGCUACAAAUAAUGUUCAAAGCCAAAAUAUUUGUUUCCUCCAUAAAAAACCUACUUUCACAUCCCCAAUUUGAGCAUCAACAAUGGAGGGGCAUAGUGAAAGUGAGGUUGAAAUGGGUUAAGAAUCGUAGCCUUGACCACGUGAUUGAUACCGACACCGAUCUCAAAGCGGCUUGCCUCUUGAAGGAUGCUAUUAAACGCUCGCCCACCGGUUUUCUCACUGCCAAGUCUUUUGCCGAUUGGCAAAAGCUCCUCGGCCUCACUGUCCCCGUUCUUCGCUUCUUGCGUAGGUACCCUACUCUCUUUGAAGAAUUCCCACAUGCACGUUACGCGAAUUUGCCUUGCUUUCGAUUGACGGGCACUGCACUCUUGUUAGAUUCUCAGGAGCAAAGCAUACACCAAGCGCAUGAGAAUGAUACCAUAGAGAGGCUUUCAAAGGUGCUUAUGAUGAUGAGAAGUAGGACUGCACCUCUUCAGUCCCUUCAUUCCUUGAAAUGGGAUCUUGGUUUGCCAGAUAACUUCGAAAAAGUGUUGAUCCCGAAAUACCCUGAUCAUUUCAGUUUCGUUAAGGCACCAACUGGUGUUUCAGCUUUGAGACUCAAACAAUGGCGCGAGGAAUUUGCUGUUUCAGCAUUGGAAAAAAGUAACGAGGGUGAGGAGAUGGGAGAUGAGUACAGGCAAUUUAAGAGGGGCCAAACCACAUUAGCAUUCCCGAUGAAUUUCCCAAGGGGUUAUGGAGCACAAAAGAAGGUGAGAGCUUGGAUGGAGGAGUUUCAGAAGCUUCCGUACAUAUCUCCGUAUGAAGAUUCUCGGCAUAUUGAUCCUAAUAGUGAGCUUAUGGAGAAAAGGGCUGUUGGUGUAUUGCAUGAGUUUUUGAGCUUGACAAUUCAUAAGAAGACCAAGAGGAACUACUUGAGAAGCUUGCGAGAGGAGCUGAACAUCCCGCAUAAGUUUACUCGAUUGUUUACUAGAUAUCCUGGGAUUUUCUACCUCUCGUUGAAGUGCAAAACGACGACUGUGGCUCUCAAGGAAGGAUACAGACGGGGAAAACUAGUGAAUCCACAUCCUCUUGUUCAUCUAAGACAUAAGUUCUAUCACGUAAUGAGGACGGGGCUUCUUUAUCGUAGUAAAGGUGCGAAUCUGAUACCUCGAGAAGACAUUUUGCUGAAAGACAUGGAGAAUAGAAUGGAAGACAAAGAAGAAGAAGGUGAUGAUGAUGAUGAAGACGAAGAAUAUGAAGAGAUUGAAGCAGGUGAUGAAUAUGAUGAGGAAACCUCUGAUGUGGAAGAUUAAUUUUGUAAAGAGUAAUAUGAUUACAUGAUAGAUUAUAUUGCGGCUACAUUGAAAGAGUCAUGUGAUUGAUGAUUUCUUAACAGCUAUGUUAAAUUUAUUUUUCUCAACAAAAGAGUUGGUUAUUUUAAACUGAUGUAUUAAGAGGUGUAUAAGGAUUAUAACACUUCUACCAAACGAGGCAUCAUAUGUUUUGGCUCCUAGUUGUGUAACUGAAAUUUGGCCACAUCCUCCUAUCAUCACUACAGAGGAAAGAAGAAAAAAAAAACUUGCUUGGAUUGAUAUUUGUGGGCUAAUAAUACUGGUUAGAGUGAUGGUGAACUACUUCAGAUUUUUUCCUUUAGAUAGGGUUUUCUUUGGAUCUAGAGUGACUGCAUUUUAUUGUAUUUUUUUUUUUUUUGUUAUCUUUGUGGUGGAUACACUUUAAUUCAAUGUAAUGUAAGAGGUAACUGUAGGGAAAUGUUUUGCUGGCAGUUUUUAUCAUUAAUUUCCACUUCAAUGGAAUUAUACUCUGUGCUAGGUUGAUGCUAGAUAUUUAAA